GAUCGUGGUUGUUAUGCCCAGUCAAACGACAGGGACCACGAAGUUGACGGACGACGGAGUGUGCGGCGGCUGAGAGCGAGGUCGUAAGUUUGAGGUCGAAAUGUCUUCGUCCAUGAGAAAUACUUCAAAAUUGCUGCAGUUGUCACGAAACCUGCGUAUUUCUCGUUUGAGCUCGAGCCUGACAAAAGACUGGGAGCCCAAGGACCCCGUGACACACACUGGACAGCAAUGGGACAAGGACGAUUAUCGACUGGCUCGCUUCGUUGAUCGUCAGAAGCAGGUGAAUCCCAACUUCGCAGUCAAGCUGAUUGCCGAGGUCCCGCCCAAGGCAGUGCAGGGUCGUACCACGUGGUGCGAUGGUGGGGAUCCUGCCCUGGGUCACCCGAGGGUCUUCAUCAACUUGGAUGCUCCUGGCAACCAUGCAUGCGGCUACUGUGGUCUCAGGUUCUUCCAAGAUCCUUCUCACAAGUCUCAUUAAGUAGUUAUCUUGAGUUGUUUGUGCAAACUAGAUCCUUUAUUUGAGUGUAAAAAAAAAAAAAAAAAGAAGUAAACCAUUG